CAAGUCACUUAGAGUUUAAUUUUCAUAAUAAACCUAAUGACUUGAAAAGAGCAUAUCAAAGUGAGACCCGGGAAAUUGCUUGUUCUGAAAAAGGAAGCAAUUAUUAUCUACCCCAUUCGAUAAGAAAUUUCAAUUCAUUAAAUCAGUUUCUGGUUGACACUGCGAAAAUGUGGCAUAAAAUUAUUGUUUGUGUGGGUGUUUUUCUACUAUUUCAUACUGUAUCGUCACUGUUAUGUGCUGACAAUUCUGCCAAAGGAGUCAAUUGUAGUAAUGGGGAUGUAUGCUUCCGUUACAUGGAUAAUGUGACUAAAAAGAUAACCAGAGGAUGUCAAAAUCCAUCAGUAUGUAAGAAUGCAGGAGAUAGUGCCCAAUGCAUAACUUGUAAUACGGAUAUGUGUAACUCUGGAGGCGUUAGAAUAUAUUUACCUGCAAUAUUUCCAGUCAUCAUGAUAGCAUUGCACGUCUUCAACAACUCAUAAAGGAUAGAAACAUUUUAUGCAAAUUUGAAUAUUUCAUACUUAAUUUCAUUUGAAAAUGUUAUCAUAAUCCAAAAACAUAUACUUAUAUAUACCUAGCAUAUUAAAGUUUUUCUAUUAUCUUA